AUGGGGCACAACGUAAAGUGCCUACCAUGUCCCAAUGGAGGCAACUGUACCAAGGAAGUGGCGGCAAGGCCAAAUUUCUGGGGGUACCCCAUGGGUGACACGGUACAUUUUCAGUUGUGCCCACAUGGGUACUGCUGCCCAGCUGUCAAUCAAAAUUGCCCUUACUACAAUGAAAGCUAUCAGAAGUCUGGUUGUCAAGGUAACCGGACAGGGAUUCUCUGUGGCAGUUGUAAGGAGAAUUUCAGCGAGGCGUUAUUCCACACUAACUGUGCUCGGGACGACGAAUGCACUCAUCUCUGGUACCUGAUCGUAUUUUUCAUUUGCGCAAUGUUAUUCGCGUUUUACCUUAUCCGUAAACCUCCAGUUUUUCAAAAGAUAAUGCAAAUGUUAACAUGGUUCAUCUCAAGUAACAGCCGAAAAGAUUACCACGACGUCAACAAAUCGGAAAAUGGACAGAAAGCAAUAGCUACAUCAUCGUUUUCUUCCCACGGUUACCUGAAAAUUCUCUUUUAUUUUUAUCAAGUUGCAGGACUGUUGACUGUUCCAUCAUAUGGUGCAGGAGAAUUAUUAACAGAUAAGAUUGUAUUUCCAAUAACAAGCAUUUUCGACUUUAAACUAUAUCCUCAUAGCGACUGGAAUAUUUGCCCUUUUGUAGGUCUCACGCCGCUGACCAAAACGCUGACUCAAGUGUUUGUCGUCAUGGCAAUUUUCUUGGCAAUACUGUUUAUUUACCUUCUGCACAGCGGGCUUAACAAACUGCGCAAGCGUACUCCAGUGUUUCCCUUAAAAGGUCCAUACCUGGGAGCGAUCCUUGAGAGCGUGUUGCUAGGGUACUCAGCAGUGACAGGGACCACAAUGAGGCUACUGUACUGUGUAGAAAUACAGCACGUGCAUCGAUGGUACUACAACGCGGAAAUCACGUGCUAG